GAGAGAUGCUUUCCGCUCUGGCGUAGACUUCCACGAUUUCUCGCUGAACGAACCAGUGCCUCAGCCGUGCAGGCCCUCGGAAACCAGAGCCUAGCAGCUCAGCCUGACUUUAAAAGACAUGCCUGAAGUAGUAUGAAGCUGCAGGGCUUCAGUGUACGGGCAGGUUAAUUUCACUGACUAGCAGAGGCUUAAAGCCAGACUGCAGCGUUUUCGUUCACAACAGCAGCCCCCGUCGGCUGCUCCGCUCGCCCCGCGGCCGCUGCAAACCAUCGCUUCUCGGGUGCCUCUGUUUCCCCGUAGGCAGCCGAGCGGAGCCGGCCGCUGCCGCCGCUUCGAGGGUAAGGGCGCAGAGCCCAGGCUGCCGCAGCCGCCCGGAGGCCCAUCUUCGAGGGCGGAUGCGCAUCGGCCGCUCCCGCAGCCGGGUCAGCGGAAUCGGGGCCCGGAUCAGCAGCUCCGCUUUGUCGUCCUCCGACCGGGCUCCUUCCCGGCCACAACGUUCGCAAUGCCACAGCAUCGACCCGCGCUCCCCUCUCCGCAGCCCCGCCUCCUCGGGGCAGCUCCGCGCCGCAUCUGCAAGAGAGGCAGCGGGAAGGCGAUGCCCAGAAUGAAGAGAAGCAAGUGUCUCCACAAUUGUCCCUCACGAAGGAAGUUCCUGAUCCUGUGUGUUGCUGGGUGGCUGAUUGCACUGCUGAAGCUCCUCCAUGUUGAAAGACACCUUUUUCCCCCUAAGGAUAUUUAUUUGGUUGAGCACUUCCUGAGCACUUCGUCUUACGUUAAAAACAGCUAUUUGUUCCAUAGAAAUAAGUUCCAGUAUGAAAUUAACUGUUCGUCUAUAUAUGAAGGAGAUCCCCAUGAGAUUGGCAGGAGUUUAGAGGUAAGAAGGAAGGAGAUAAUUGAUUUAACUGAUGAAGAUGUUGUAGCAAUGACGAGUGCUUGUGACGUGUAUCGCUCCCUUAGGAAAUACCACCUCAAACCUGUUUCUCCAGAGGAGGAAAGUUUUCCCAUCGCCUAUUCUUUGGUUGUUCACAAAGAUGCGAUAAUGGUUGAAAGGCUCAUACAUUCACUGUACAGCCCUCAAAAUAUCUACUGCAUCCACUAUGACCAAAAAGCAGCCAAAAAUUUCAAGUCUGCCAUGAACAAUCUGGCUGAAUGUUUCCCCAAUGUUUUCAUUGCAUCGAAACUGGAGACAGUGGACUAUGCCCAUAUUUCACGGCUGCAAGCAGAUUUAAAUUGUUUGUCUGAUUUGGUGAACUCUUCUGUUCCUUGGAAGUAUGUUAUCAACUUGUGUGGCCAAGAUUUCCCUCUGAGGUCGAAUUUUGAGCUGGUUGCUGAACUGAGGAAACUUCGUGGAGGAAACAUGUUGGAAACUGUAAAGCCAAGCAGCAGCAAAAGGGAACGAUUUACUUAUCACCAUGAACUGAGGGAAGUGCCUUACGAAUACAUGCGGAUGCCUGUAAAAACCAGCCUUCCCAAGUACCCACCACCUCAUAAUAUACAGGUAUUUGUAGGCAGUGCCUAUUUUGUUUUAAGCCGAGCAUUUGUUCAAUAUACCCUUGAAAGUACUCUUGCAAUGGAUUUUCUUGAGUGGUCAAGGGAUACGUAUUCUCCAGAUGAACAUUUCUGGGCCACUCUUGUACGUGUUCCUGGGGUCCCUGGGGAAGUCCCAAGGUCAGCCCAGAACAUAACAGACCUACAAAGCAAAACUCGUCUGGUGAAAUGGAAUUAUCUUGAAGGUCAUUUGUAUCCUCCUUGCACUGGCACACACCUUCGCAGUGUCUGCAUCUAUGGGGCUGCAGAAUUAAGGUGGCUUCUCAAUUAUGGGCACUGGUUUGCCAACAAGUUUGACUCCAAAGUAGAUCCUGUCCUGGUAAAAUGCUUGGCAGAAAAACUUGCAGAACGACAGAAAGAGUAUAAAACAAACAUUUCUGUAUCUGCUACCUAGGAGACUGAAGUGCCCAGCUCACAGACAGAACCAAGGGAUCAGCAUAACACCAAAUGAGCCGUGUGGCUUUCUUCGAUGUCCCAAACUUCCUGACUUUGGGAGCUAACAAAGAUCUUUGCAAUG